AUGCAGAUCUUUGUCAAGACUUUAACCGGUAAAACCAUUACUUUGGAAGUGGAAUCCUCCGAUACUAUUGAUAACGUCAAAUCUAAGAUUCAAGAUAAGGAAGGUAUUCCACCUGACCAACAAAGAUUGAUCUUUGCUGGUAAGCAACUAGAGGAUGGUAGAACCUUAUCCGACUACAACAUUCAAAAGGAGUCGACUUUGCACUUGGUGUUAAGAUUAAGAGGUGGUAUGCAAAUUUUCGUGAAGACUUUGACUGGUAAGACUAUUACUUUGGAAGUGGAAUCUUCAGAUACCAUCGAUAACGUCAAGUCCAAGAUCCAGGACAAGGAAGGUAUUCCACCAGACCAACAAAGAUUGAUUUUCGCUGGUAAACAACUAGAGGAUGGUAGAACAUUAUCUGAUUAUAAUAUUCAGAAAGAAUCUACUUUACACUUGGUGUUGAGAUUGAGAGGUGGUAUGCAAAUCUUUGUCAAGACUUUAACUGGUAAGACUAUUACUUUGGAGGUGGAAUCCUCCGAUACUAUUGAUAACGUCAAAUCCAAGAUUCAAGAUAAGGAAGGUAUUCCACCAGACCAACAGAGGUUGAUUUUCGCUGGUAAACAACUAGAAGACGGAAGAACAUUGUCCGAUUACAACAUUCAAAAGGAAUCCACUCUACAUUUGGUGUUAAGAUUGAGAGGUGGUAUGCAAAUCUUUGUCAAGACUUUAACUGGUAAGACCAUUACUUUAGAAGUGGAAUCUUCAGACACCAUCGAUAACGUCAAGUCUAAAAUUCAAGACAAGGAAGGUAUUCCACCAGACCAACAAAGAUUGAUUUUCGCUGGUAAACAACUAGAAGACGGAAGAACAUUGUCAGACUACAAUAUUCAAAAGGAAUCUACUCUUCACUUGGUGUUAAGAUUGAGAGGUGGUAUGCAAAUUUUCGUGAAGACAUUGACUGGUAAGACCAUCACUCUAGAAGUUGAAUCUUCCGAUACUAUUGAUAAUGUGAAGUCCAAGAUUCAAGACAAGGAAGGUAUUCCACCAGACCAACAAAGAUUGAUCUUUGCUGGUAAACAACUGGAAGACGGAAGAACAUUAUCUGACUAUAAUAUUCAGAAAGAAUCUACUUUACACUUGGUGUUAAGAUUGAGAGGUGGUAUGCAAAUUCAUCAAAAAAAAAUUUGA